AUGCUGUUUCUUUAUUGCAUGAUACUGGCACUUGCCUCAAUCACGGUUGCCUCAAUCGACUUCUCGAGUCUCCCAUCUCACCCGCGAUUGAUGUUCACAGAUGAUCGGGUUCAAGCAGUGCUUUCAAUAAACGAUACAGACUCUUACUAUAGAGAUGUGCUGGGAUAUCUGCAGCAGACUGCAAAUACUGCUAUCGCAACUUCCCUGUCGCUAUCAGUAUCAACCUCUUGGUCUAGUACCAUUCGAAUGAAUGUCGGUGCCGUGGCAGGCAUGUACCGGUUGACAAAAAACAGUGCCUAUUCCGAUUGGGUUACUGAGACUAUUUUGACGAUAACCAAUCUCUCUGACUGGGAUCCAUCAAAUUUCUUAAAUACGGCAGAUAUUACCAUGACGGUCUCUCUUGGCUACGACUGGGUAUAUGAUCAAUUGACUGAGUCCCAGCGUGAGGCUAUUGAGACAGCGAUUGCUGAAAAGGCGUUUUUACCGGCUCUCAACUCUUCGACUAACUCGUGGAGUGAGCAUACCAAUAACUGGGCACAGGUGACGCAUGGUUGCUUGAUCAUUGGCACUCUAGCUAUAGGAGAUGUCAACACAACACUUGCAAACCAAAUCAUAGAUUUCUCCCUUCCGAAAUUAAACACUUCCUUGCAACAGUACGCCCCAGAUGGGGGCUGGAUUGAAGGCUACUCAUAUGGAACAUAUGCAGGCAUAUUCCUGGGUCUGAUGAUGGGAUCGCUCGACAGCGCGCUCGGAAAUGAUCUUGGCAUCUCGAGCCUUCCAGGAAUGAGUAACCUGGGUGCAUGGCUGACACAUGGAUUUGGACAAACAGGGGGAUUCAGUUGGGCCGAUGGGGCAUGGUCAUUUUCGAAUGCGAACAGUCUCUGGAGCGUCGGGUACUGGGCGACACGAUUUAACCAGGCUGAAUGGUUGCAGGGAAUGCUGUCGAGAUUCACAGCUUCUCAAGCAGCAACCUUCCAAGCGUACCUUUUCUACAACUCAACAUUGAACUCUACCAAUUUAUUGUCAGACAUGCCUCGCUAUAAUCAAUUUGAGGGCGUCGCGGGGGUGACUUACCGCACCUCGUGGGCCAACUCAAAUGGUUGGUUCUACGGUUUCAUGGGCGGAUUUAACGGACGCUCCCACGGUCAUUUGGAUGCAGGCUCCUUUGUCGUAGACUACAAGGGCUACCGGUGGGCCGAGCUUUUGGGGUCCGACAGUUACAGUCUUAACAGCUACUUUGCGGCGCCAAAACGCUGGACAUACUACCGUUGUCGCUCUGAGGGUGCGAAUACUCUGAGCAUAUCGGACACGGCUCAGACUGCACUACAUUUUGCAAAUCAAAUUCCUUCCGCGAAUAACUCUCUGCUUUGGGCAGGUAGUUUUGAUUCAUCUAGCCGUUUUGGCAUCGCAAACCUCACAGAGGCAUAUUCCAAUGUAACAACCAGUGUUCUUCGCGGAGUGGCAGUUCUCAAUAACUCGCAACUUCUAGUUCGAGAUGAGAUCAUUGCACCCAAUGCAGUGGACAUUGCUGCUAGUUGGCAUACGACUGCGGAUAUAACUCUAGGCACGAACAAUCGAACUGCAACAUUAAUACAGGGCGAUGUUACGAUGCAGCUCACGAUACUACAGCCAUCAAAUGCAUAUCUCGAGCUUGUCAACACGAAUCCCUGUGAUGCAUAUAGUGGGUGUUCUGAAAUGACCAAUAGCGGUAUAUACAAUGUUGCUGUUCGUCUAUCAGAGCUGACCACAGAAGCUACUAUUCUGCUAGCCCUUGCAGAGAGUGAUACUACCCUUGAGAGCUUCAAUACCUCGCUCAAGUCUUGGUAUUCAUUGUGCACGGUGGAUUGCUGGAAAGGAGAAAAUGUGGAGGAUCCUUAUUGGCUUGAAAAUUCGGAAGUAUACUUCUAG